AUGAUGCAAGUCUACUUACAGUCUUCGAUGAUCAGUCAGAACCUACACCAUGCGAUCCGGACCGUAUACAUUUACGGCCAGCCGAUAAUUUCACUGUUUGUGGAAAACCAGGAACGUCUCUGUCUGGCUCAGAUUUCCAGCACUCUGCUAAAGGAUUUUAGCUAUAAUGAGAUUCACAACCGCCGAGUUGCUCUGGGAAUAACCUGCAUUCAGUGCACUCCAGUGCAGUUGGAAAUUCUGCGCCGGGCCGGAGCCAUGCCGGCAUCAUCACGACGUUGCGGAAUGAUUACCAGACGGGAAGCGGAGAGGUUGUGCAAAUCGUUCUUCGGAGAGUGUUCACAGCCACUGCUUCCCGAGGGAUUUGUCUUCAGCGUUUAUCACGAGUGUGCUUGGGGCUGUACCGGAGGAUUUUCUCCAGCUCGCUACAAUAGCUCCCGGGCCAAGUGCAUCAAAUGUAGCUACUGCAAUCUAUUCUUCUCGCCGAACAAAUUCAUCUUCCAUUCACAUCGGCUUACCCCGCACGACAAAUAUGUCCAACCGGAUGCUGCCAACUUUAACUCCUGGAGGCGUCAUUUAAAAUUGCAGGGUUCCCCUCCGGAAAAAAUCACCCACGCCUGGGAAGACGUCAAAGCCAUGUUCAAUGGAGGCACCCGCAAACGUUAUAUUCUGUCCACGGCCCGGAAAUACAGCGCGGCGGUUACCUCGGUGGCGGAGAAAUCAUCCUCUCUCAUCGAUCCCGGAAAGGAACCGGUCACAUCCACCAUCUGCGAUCUAUCAAGCUCAUCGACGGUGGUCACCAAAAAAGAACUGACCGAACCGAUGGACAUCAAUCUCAACAACAGUGACAGUUGCAGCAACAGCACCAGUCCCUUUGCUCACAUCCCGCACCUUCUCUCCCAACCUCCCCUCGGCACCCUACCCACAUCCCUAGUUGCGAAUCCGGUCAUUUCCAGUCCACCGCCGUCGCCCUCGGCUGCCGCCCUAAGUGCGGUAGCCAAUUCCGCUGCGGCUGCCGCCAACUUCGGCUUCAAGCUGUCCUGUUUGCAGCCAUUCUCGUUCAAUGGCAUCGGCCAUCACUUUCCCGGAAUGGUCCCGUCCGGAUCCGGCUAUCUGGUUCCGCUGCUACGGCCCAACAACCCCAAGAGCAUCUCGGCCGCGGCCAUGUCCGCCUUCAAACCGGUCGUCAAAGUCAAGAAGAGGUAUUGCAUUCGACUGUUCCGGACGAGAUUCACGUUACGAUCACGUCGGGAUCUCCCGAAGUUCCCGCAUACUUGGUCUAGAUCAACCUGCGGCUAAUACUCGUCAGUGGCAAGACGAAAGAGUUCCU